AUUGAAAUGAAUACGACAACAUCCAAACAAGGCCUUAUUGAUUCCUCGGAACAUUUUGCUUUUUCCGAUCCAGAAGCUCCGAGAUCAGCUAGCUCUUCGUUCAGUACUCAGUAAACUAGAUCGUGCUGGGCUAAAAGUUGAUAAAUUCCAUGCAUGCAGAUCGAGUGUGGUAGUAGAUCCGGACCCGUUAUGGGAAACCUAGCUGCAUGCCUGCAAACUCUAUAAAAGGCAGCUACCCCCCUGUGCUCCCAAACCAUCAGUCUUCCAUACUCCAUCUCCACGACAACGUGCAUCCACAGCUAGCAGGAGCUUGUUCACUGUUUUUAGAGAGAGAGAGAGAGAGAUCAAAUCAAUAGUAUAAUGGAGCGUGUGAUGCAGCUGGCGUCGGAGCGUGCGGUGGUGGUGUUCACGCUGAGCAGCUGCUGCAUGUGCCACUCGGUGACGCAGCUUUUGGUGGCGGACAUGAGCGUGAACGCGCUGGUGCACGAGCUAGACAGAGACCCUAGGGGCAAGGACAUGGAGCGCGCCCUGCUCAAGAUGCUCGGCGGCGGCAGGGGCUCCGCCGCCGUCCCCGCCGUCUUCAUCGGCGGCAAGCUCGUCGGCGGCACCAACAGCGUCAUGUCGCUCCACCUCGCCGGCGAGCUCGUGCCCAUGCUCAUGAACGCCGGCGCGCUCUGGGUCUAGCUAGACACCAGAUCGAGUACUACGGGUGCAUGCAUGACCAUAUAUAUAUAUAUA